UCGGCGGGCUUGGUCCCAGCGCCCGUUUGGUCCCGCGCGCCCAGGCCCCCGGGCGGGGAGAGCGCUUCUCCCUCCCGCGGGCGGCCUCCCCAGCAGCAGCCGCUGAGCCGAGCGGAGCGGAGCAGGCGGCCGGGCCGGGCGGCGCCGCGCGGGGAGAUGGCGUCCUGCGUGGGGAGCCGGACCCUGAGCAAGGACGAUGUGAACUACCGACUGCACUUCCGCAUGAUCAACGAGCAGCAGGUGGAGGACAUCACCCUGGAGUUCUUCUACCGGCCCCACACCAUCACCCUGCUGAGCUUCACCAUCCUCAGCCUCAUGGCCUUCGCCUUCACCCGGAAUGAUUCUAUCCCAGAAGAUAAUAUUUGGAAGGGUAUCCUCUCUGUGGUUUUCUUCUUUCUAAUCAUUAGUGUUCUAGCUUUUCCAAAUGGGCCUUUUACUCGCCCACAUCCAGCGAUAUGGCGGAUGGUUUUUGGUCUCAGCGUUCUCUAUUUCCUGUUUCUGGUGUUUGUGCUCUUCCUUAACUUGGAGCAGGUCAAAGCAGUGAUGUAUUGGCUAGAUCCUAAUCUUCGUUAUGCCACCAGGGAAGCAGACAUCAUGGAAUAUGCUGUGAACUGCCACGUUAUCACCUGGGAGAGAAUCCUCAGCCAUUUUGACAUAUUUGCUUUUGGGCAUUUCUGGGGCUGGGCAAUGAAGGCCUUGUUGGUCCGCAGCUAUGGGCUAUGUUGGACUAUUAGCAUCACCUGGGAGCUCACUGAGCUGUUCUUCAUGCAUCUUCUGCCUAAUUUUGCUGAAUGCUGGUGGGAUCAAGUCAUUUUGGACAUCCUGCUAUGUAACGGGGGUGGCAUCUGGUUGGGCAUGAUAGUUUGUCGUUUCUUGGAGAUGAGGACCUAUCAUUGGGCGAGUUUCAAGGACAUUCAUACCACCACAGGGAAAAUCAAAAGAGCUGUAUUACAGUUCACUCCAGCUAGCUGGACCUAUGUUCGCUGGUUUGACCCCAAGUCUUCAUUUCAAAGAGUGGCUGGAAUAUACCUUUUCAUGAUCAUCUGGCAGCUGACUGAGUUGAACACAUUCUUUUUGAAACAUAUCUUUGUAUUCCAAGCAAGUCACCCUUUAAGCUGGGGUAGAAUUCUCUUCAUUGGAAUUAUCACAGCACCCACUGUAAGGCAAUAUUACGCCUACCUCACAGACACACAGUGCAAAAGGGUAGGAACUCAGUGCUGGGUGUUCGGAGUCAUUGGUUUCCUUGAAGCUUUUGUGUGCAUAAAGUUUGGUCAAGAGCUCUUCUCCAAAACACAAAUAUUGUAUGUUGUGUUUUGGCUUCUUUGUGUGGCUGUUACGACUUUCCUGUGUUUAUAUGGAAUGGUUUGGUAUGCGGAGUACUCUGGCCACCGAGAAAAGACCUUGUCAGAAAGCGAGGACAGCCCAUACAGCCCAGAUGCCUCAUGGCUUCAUUCUAAAUUCACUAAAGGUACUGAAGAUAGUCCACCAAAACAUUCAGGCACCAUUGAGAGCCAUUCAUCUAGAAGAAGGAAUCGUCAUUCCAAAACAAAAGUAACCAAUGGAAUUGGCAAGAAAUAAGAUCAGUCUCUAAAGAUGUUCCAGAGUAUGCCUAGACAUGAGAAGGAAAACUGGACCUCGUUCUGAAUUCCCUAUUAGAAGGUUAAUAAGAAAACAGGUGGAAGAUGAGGGAAAAUGUUUGCAGCAUCCGAAGGGUCUAAUACCUUUUAAAAUGUAGCCAUCAGUGUAUUGCAGAUCAUUGUCUGUUGCCAUGUGCCAUUCACUGACUUAAAUCUAGUUUCUUCAGCACUUGGCAUUCAGAAACAAGUAGUAGUAUGUUGAAAGGAAAAAUAGUUUGCUCUUGGCAGGUAUGUGAAGGUGUAUGUUCAGGUAUCCCAAUUUGCAUUUUUAAUAUCUUUGUUAGUUGAGAACAUUAACCCAAAUGCUAAUGGACAAUGACCAGAUGUUUUGGGGUUUUUUGUUUGAUUUGGGGGAGGGGAACACCAUGGGAUUGGUUGGUUGUUUUUGUGUCUUUGUUUUGAUUAGUUUUUUUGUUUUGAAACAUAUGCAAUCUUUGAUUAAAAGCAGCUCUGCCCUUCAUUCCCAAUCAGAUAACUAAACUUUUCCAUACUAAUGGUUCCUUUUAUUUUAAGUAUUUUUUAAAAAUUCCAUAUUUUUAUCCAAUUGCUCAUUUUUAUUUAAUGACACUCUCUCCACUCGGUGGCAGGAUUUUACCAACUGGGGAAUGUGUCCAGGUUUCUUAUAAAGGUUGCAGAGUUAAUUUCAAAUGUUUCCUCAUUUCUGAUUCUGUUCCCUAUCCCAUUUGUUAAAGCCUAAUUCCAAUGCAUAUAUGAAACUUGUUACACAGUAGUGAGGGCUAUACCUGUUGACCCCAGGGGCAGAUGAUGUAUUGUUCAGUUUACUUCCCCCCAGCCCCCAUUCCCAUUUACUGCUGUGUAUUAGCUGCACGUAGUGUUAUGUGUUCAGUACUAGUAGGUAUUACUCUUUCACUUGUGUCAUACUUUGUAAAAUACUUGCCCUUUGCUUUGCCUCAAGUUUUAAAUAAGAUUCACGUUAAAGGCAGCUUGAAGGCUUUUGGUACUGCCCAGUCUGGUGAUAAGGCAGCUUCUUCACGAAGUACUGUAGCUCACUUUUUUGUAAGUUUACAAUCAUUCGUAAAGACUCACUGUGUUGCUGAGAGUAGAAGGGUUCACACAAUAUUAUUGUGUUUAUACAGUGUUUUCCUAUUUCCUAACAUGCUAUCAAAUAGCAAACAAACCACAUAUUUGAAACAUCCAUACUAAUUAUGAUCUGAAAGUGGGUGAUUCCCUCAAACUGCAGCUAGCAUAACGAUUAUUCUUUAAGUAAACCUGUGAGAUCAGUCAGUCCCCGUACUAAAUUAGCAGAUUGAUUUUUUUUUUUUGGUGCCAACUGGGUUGUGGGGCCUAUAACCCUAGAGAGCUCAGCAAAGCAGACAGGUUAAGACAAAUAAAUAACAUCCAUGAGUCACUAGUCCUUGUAAUAAUUAAGAUUUAAUUUCUGAGAAAUGUUACUGUGAUUUGCCACAGGUUAUGUACUAUAAAAUGCUGUAAAGACUUUAUCAUACAAGUGUAUGACACUGUAAAUAGGAAAACCAUUCUGUGUAUUCCAUGACGACCUAUGUGCCACAGAUUAUCAAAAAUUUGGAUGCACUUAUUAUGCUCCUGCCUAACUCAUUGGAAGCCCUUUUAAUUUUCUUCAGUCCAACACAAAUGUACAACUUAAGAACUAAAUUGUAUUGAAAGCUGCUAUAUCAUUUUUCUGCAACUACGUUGAAUUUUACAGGAAAAAAGGUCUGGAAGACUUUUUUGGAUUUUUCUACAAAUAUUCUGUUUUCAUUUAUAUUACCAAUGCUGUAGUCUGUGGCAUCUCCAUUUGUUCUUAGUAUGCUGCUUAUUGUUGAAUGUAUUUGCAAGUUUCUUUGGCUACUCGAAUUUGUUACUUUUAUAUUUCACUUGUUUAUAAUUCAGUCCCUGCAAGACUGAGGAUGGCAUUGUGAAUUGUUUUUCCCAUAUAUUCAAUACCAAAGCAAGAAGUUGAAGUUUAACAUCAUAGUUACAUUUUGUAUUUCAGAUGUAUAAUUUUUAUUUUAAAGGACACAGUUUUUCAAAAGUGAGAGCCUGUUUUGUGCACACUCGCAUUGUACAUAUAAAACACACCCUGGCUUGUGAAAACUGGGGCUUAUGUAUACAGUUAUCCAUUUCCCACACACAGUGGGUAUAUGCAAAUGUUUUGCAAGUGCAGAACUGGUACUCACAUUUGUGAAUUGGACCCUAAAAAUUUAAGAGGAAAUAUGAAGAAAGUUGAAGGUUCAUCUGUUGAAGGUUCUGACUUCUGAAUUCUGUUACACUAGCACAGGUCAGACCAGUAAAACAUAGGUCAGGACCUUCAACUCAUAAUGCCUAUGGAAAAGGAAUGUCCAGAAAAGACAUCUUUCACGUGUUUCCCCUAGUGUUUUUUUGUUUUUAUUUUUUUGAAAAUUAAAGGGAGAGUGGGGGAAUCGGGGGAAGUUAAGUAGAGUCUUUUAGGCAGUUUGAAAAAUGGCACUUUCUGCACUCCACCAGCAAUCCUGGCUGCGAUUGACAAGUGUUCUGACAAGUUCAUCCACUGCCUGACAAGUGCUAUUUCCACUCCAUUUUCCAUGGCAAUGGGCCUUGCAUUGGCAUAAAUAGGAUGGUGCUUUUGAUCACUGCUGUAAAUCUGAAGUAAUUAUCAUUUCCCCCCUUAUCGCUGUACUCCACAUACAAUUCAUGUGCAAUGGCCAGUGAGAAUGAUGAAUAACUUGAGCUGUUCUAUUAACUAAUUUCCUUGUAUCAAGAAUUCUGCUGCUUGAAUAGUCAUUGUUACUGUUACAAAUGCACUGUCCCUUUUUUACCCAUUCUUUGUCCUUCCAGGUCUUCUCAUCUUACCUUCCUUUUAUUCUCUUCUCUCUCCUAUUAUUCUGUCCUCCAGUUUUAAAACAAGCUAUUCCCUGCCAUUGAAAGGACUGAAUUUGCCCUCCAGAGACGUUACUUAAUGUUAGUCAUUGAAGGGGGGCUAAUUCAGUCCAGCAUGGCAUAAGCAGAGGAUAGUGGCAACACUUUACAAUGCUGAGUGGAUUUAAUAGCAAUAGACAGUUUUCAGGAUGGGGAAUGCUGGGAGGGUAUACAGUGAACCGGAAGCCACCAAAAGUGAACCUCACUACCAGCUGCCAGUAUUAAAGCUGGAUGGAGAGCUGUGUACAUGAAACACAGUAUCUAAUAAAAUACAUGGAGGAGCUUGAUUUCUGUUGUUCUUUUGUUACUCGGCUGUGAAGAAAAUAGUUUGCUGUUUCAUCUAUUAAAGCCUUGGUAUUUACUACAUUAUCACAAGAUGACACACCAAUUACCAUGUGUUUAACAUUGUUUUCAAUAGAAUUGCUCUGUACUGAUUGCGAAGUAUCGUAUUUUGCAGUAACUCAGUAAAACAACCCAUGUCAACAA